AUGGAUAAAACCUCACGUUUUAUCAAUAAUUUUCAACUAUGGUUUCGCGGUACUUCAUGGAAAUAUAGUCCCGUGACAUCAAAUAAUUCUAUAUCAAAAUCACAAUUCACAAGAGCAUUCACAAAAAGUCCAAAAAAAUUAUGCAUUUCAAUAAUUUUAAUAAAUUUAUUUAUAAUAUCUAUUGCUUUAAUAGUAUUAAAAACUUCUUUUAGAUUUAUGGAAAGAAUGAUUGAUGGUGACGGAACAUGUAUAUUACCACCAUGGAAACCCAUUACGCAAGAUCAAUAUCCAAUUGAGGUCAUACCGGGAAGGACAAUUGCAAAAAUCAUACACGAUCCUUCUAACGGAGAACAAGAGAUUGAUGUAGAGUGCGAUUCGGCGUAUCAAUAUCAUUUUCCAAGUAUGAGCAGUGGAAAAAAAUUUGAAAGUUGGGAUCAAAAGAAAAAUGGACUUUUAAAAUUUGCAGAAGAAUAUGUUAUGAUUAAAUGUGGAACCAUAUCAAAUUUUUUAACUCGAGAACCAUUUAAAUCGGAUGAAAAUAAAUCACAAUCAUUUAAUUUACCUGAAAAGAGUGUUCUAAAAGGUCAAAAGCCAUUGGUUAAUGAUGUAGUAUUAAUCUUACUUGACGCGGUGUCCAGAGAACAUUUUAAUGAAGAAUUUCCAAGAACUAGAGAAUUAUUGAAAAAUAUCUCAAAUCGGACCAACGGAACUCAUAGAUCACAUUCUUUCAAUCGAUACAACGUACUUGGAAUUAAUUCACCACCAAAUAAAGCCUUUAUUUAUUCCGGUCAAUCAAAAGAUUAUCUUUGGUCAAAUGGUAACAAAGCUAAAGCUACUUGGCUUUGGGAUGUCUACGAACGUCAAGGAUUUGUCACAAUGCAUACAGAUGGAGAAUGUGGUGGAUGGUGGGUGUUUCCUUAUCGAGGAUAUGCUGAUGGUGCCAUUACUUCUUAUUAUAAAGCGACAAGAGAAGAUAAAUUGCCAGCUAAUCAUCAAUUUCCACACGUAUCAAUCUGCGAAAAUUAUGCGCUAUAUCGUGGAAGUGAAUUUGGUAGAACGUGCAAAUUGACUAAUGGACUAGAUGAAAGUUAUGAUAAAUAUAAUAAUGAAGGAAUGAUAGUUUCUUCCCCAUUUUGUAUGGGAGAAAGAACGGCAUAUGAUGUGCAAUUUGAUUAUCUGGAACAAUUUUUAAAUGUUUAUAAUGAUACUAACGAUAGUGGGGAACGCCAUAAAAGGUUGGCCACUAUAACUUUAAUGGAUACACAUAAUGCUGAUCUUAAUUUAAUUGGUCUGGAUAAAUCCAUGGUAAAUUUGUUAACAAAAUUAUUAAUUGGUAAAGGAAAUCAACCACCAUUAUUGGAUGAAAAUAGUAUAGUUAUUGUGUUAUCUGAUCAUGGCAUUCAUUAUGGAUUUGAGUACGCAUCGUACGAAGGAUAUUUACAUCAUAAACAACCAUUAUUACACAUGGUUCUUCCAAAAGAUAUUUCAACGGUUUAUAAUGAAAACAUGGAAGCAAAUCAAAAUCUUUUAACGACACAUGCAGACCUUCACAUGACUUUGCUUUACGUGGCUUUUGGUAAAAGUUCAAAUGAUUUUAAUCAAGUUGAUGUUGCACGAUCAUUAAAACAAGCCGAAAAUUUCUUUGACGAUUACACUUUAACUCAAGCUCAGACUUAUGGAGAUGUGCUAUUUUAUCCAUUAGAUGAACAUAGGACAUGUUCUAAACUUGGAAUUCCAACAGAGUAUUGUCCCUGUAUUAAAUAUACCGAAUUAGAAAAUACAAAAGAGAAGGAUGAAAAUAUUAUUAACCGUUUGAUUGAAUUCGCCGUUUCCUUUAUGAAUGAUAAAAUACAAGAAUUUGGAGUUGAAAAGAUAUGUAAUAAAUUCGAUUAUGAUAUAUCCAAAGCUAUAAAUAGAUCGGUUGAAGCAAAUUUUACAUAUGGAGACUUAGAAUAUUACUCUGGAUAUUAUCUACCUUCAACGUCACAAAAUUCAAGAAUUUAUGCUGUUACGGUGAAUGUAAAAUCUUAUCCAGCGAAACUUAAAUUUUCUUCAACAUUUAUUAAUAUUGUAAAUAAAAAUACAAAUGGUCUUACUGUAACUCAAAUAACUUCUUAUAAAGGAGAAUGGGAAGGAAUUUGUAGAAGUAAGAUUUAUAAAAAUAUUAAAAAUGAAAAACAAGACCAAGAAAGUGAAGCAUAUUUAAAACAUUUUUGUUUUUGUUCUAAGAAAUUUUAG